CGGGAAGGCGCGGCCAGUGCCCGGGCUCGGCUCUAGAAGGCUGGGCGCGGAGUAGGACGGCGCUGGCGCGGAGACCGCUUCCGGACUCCGGGUACCUCGCUUGCCGGUGGCUAGACGUUGCCGUCUUUCUUUUCAUCUGCGGUGAGGGCUCGGGGGCUGCAGAGCUGCAACCUUGCCAAUGGACCUGGUCGGUUUUGGUUAUGCAGCCCUUGUGACAUUUGGAAGCAUUUUGGGAUAUAAGCGGAGAGGUGGUGUUCCAUCUUUGAUUGCUGGUCUUUUUGUUGGGUUUUUGGCUGGCUACGGAGCUUACCGUGUCUCCAAUGACAAACGAGACGUAAAAGUGUCACUGUUUACAGCUUUCUUCCUGGCCACCAUAAUGGGUGUGAGAUUUAAGAGGUCCAAGAAAAUAAUGCCUGCUGGGCUGGUUGCAGGUUUAAGCCUCAUGAUGAUCCUGCGACUUGUCUUAUUGCUGCUCUGAGAUCCAGAGGAACUGAAAGCAAAGUUCGUGUCAUCCUACUGUAAUAGACAGAGCAUAUUCUUUGUAUUUAAAAGGUAAAUUUCAAUAUGGAAUGUUAAUUGUCUUAUUUUCUGUUAGAAACAUAAGUAACACUGUCACUUCUAAUAUAAACACAAGUUUGAAGUGGUUUUUUUUUUUUAAAAAAACAAAAAUUUUAACUGUUUUCUAAUUGUCAAGCAUUAUUUUCAUUAAAGAUGUCUAAUCAUGAUGUGCUCUUUCAUUUGCUGGGUCUAUUUUAAUAUAUGUGGCAUUUUUGACAAUUCCAAAUACUCAUGUCUCAGUAUAAAUUAACCUACAAUUUAUCAAAUAAAGGAAUUCCUUAAGUGGACUUCACAAAAUGCUAAUGUAUCUAUUUGCUAUGUGUGUUAUAUUAGAAAUUAUUAGAAAUUAUAUUUUUCCAUUUUAAUUGUGUUGCUGCCAGCGUUAUAUUUUUCUUUAAAAAAUUUCAUUCUCAGCACACUCUGUAUCCUAGAAUGUAUUCAGUAUUCAAAUAAAAGGCAUUUUG